GUCCAAACGACCAUCUAUCACAGAUCAGAAACACAAGUCCUCCAAUCUCCAAUGGCAACAGACGCUGUAACUGACACUAGCGUGCCAAACCAUGACGAGACCGAGAAAGAGCCAACGGAGUUCGAGAAGAAUCGGAAACGGUACCAAGACGUGACCUCCACGUUGCCUCAAGUGAAAGGCUGGAGGCCGAAAGCUCCCUUGAUUGAGUACGGUGGUCACUGGUGGGUAAAACCUAUCCUUGAAGGUUCCCUUUACGCGCAAGACUUCUUCCAAGCGCGACCCAGUGACUUGUUCAUUUGUAGCUACCCAAAGACAGGUUCUACUUGGCUCAAGUCACUAACAUUCACAAUAGCCAAUCGAUCUCGCUUUGACGAUUCCACCAACCCUCUCUUAAAACAUAACCCUCACGAGCUUAUUCCUUUCAUUGAGAUCCAGUUCCCUCAGUUCCCUAACAUUGAUGUUCUCAAAGACAAAGGGAACCAUCUUUUCUCAACCCAUAUGCCACACGAUUUCUUACCUCAUUCGGUUGUGAAGUCGGGUUGUAAGAUGGUUUACAUCUGGAGAGACCCGAAGGACACUUUCAUUUCCAGGUGGAGUUUCUUCCAAAAGCAAAGGUUUGAACAUGGCCCGCUCAAUAGUCUUGAGGAGUGUUUUGACAUGUUCUGCCAGGGUUUUUGUGCCUGCGGUCCUUAUCUUGAUCAUGUGUUAGGUUACUGGAAAGCUCACCAAGAGAAUCCAGAUAAGAUUUUGUUCCUCAAGUACGAGACUGUGAGAGCUGAUCCUUUGCCUUAUGUGAAGAGUUUGGCUGAGUUUAUGGGUUAUGGGUUCACAGCUGAGGAAGAGAAGAAUGGGGUUGUUGAGAAAGUUGUGAAUCUUUGCAGCUUCGAGACGAUGAAGAAUCUCGAAGUUAACAAAGGAGAUAAGGAGAGAGAAGAUCAUCCUUCUCCUUAUACAAACAGCGCGUAUUUCAGGAAAGGAAAGACUGGAGAUUGGGUGAAUUAUCUGACUCCAGACAUGGCAGCUCGUAUGGAUGGGAUAAUGGAAGAGAAAUUCAAGGGUACUGGUUUGCUUGAAAGUGGUAAUUAA